AGCACAAAUGCGAUAAGUUAAGAUAAGGUGUGACGAACUCAAGAGCAUGAACGCUGAAAACAAAAAGGUGCAAGCGACUCGGCCAAGUGGCACAAAUAGGAAGUUUGCGUUUUUACAUAACAAAAAAUAAGAAACUACACACGAAGUUUAAGUCAACAAAAAAGAGGUUGGAGAAAUGGCAUCCAUUCCAGAAAGUCGUAAAGACAUAGACCGCAAAGAAAGUUUUGUCAUGAAGUCAAUAGUGUCGGUGAAAAGUGCACGCACAUGCGCAGUUUGCGGUGACAAAGCAUCGGGCUUUCAUUACGGAGUGAAGAGUUGCGAAGGAUGCAAGAGCUUCUUUAAAAGAACGAUUCAAAAACAACUUCAGUACAUUUGUGUCGAGGAGAGUGAAUGUGUAAUCGAUAAAAGCAACCGAAUUAGAUGUCAAUACUGUCGUUUUCAGAAAUGUGUUAAGCUCGGAAUGCUCAAAGAAGCUGUUCGAGAAGACCGGGCACCAGGAGGGCGACCAAGAAUAAAGUCCUUGCUAACUUUAAAAGAGCACAAAGAAACAUAUGGUUCUUCUCAAAUGAUAUUGGAAUUCAUCCAAGCCAGACCAGAUUGCGUCCCUUCGAUGAAACAGAACGAAAACUCGCUAACUUUACCCGACCUUUAUCACUUUCAUACGGUGGAAAUUCUUAUGGAAGUUGCCGUUCAAGAACUUCGAAUGAUUAUAAAAUGGGCAACUCAGCUUUCAAGAUUCAACAUCUUGAAUGUUGAUGAUCAAAUAAGUCUCCUCAGCGAAGCAGCCUUGGAAUUGUGGGUAUUUAGAAUUUGCCAAAGAUCAAGUCCUCAUCAAGGUUUUGUCGUAUUUGCAAAGGAGGUUGUUUGGCAUGUCGACUAUCAGUCGCAUGUUGUCAUUGGUCAAUGGGUUGCUAUGCUUUUAAUGUACGCUCGAAAACUACAGACUUUACAACUAGAUAUGGCCGAGUUUGCGUGUAUUAGUGCCAUACUGCUAUUUACGCAGGAAUCUUGUUCGAAAUUGCGCGACUACGAUGCCGUAGAGGAAAGCCUCAACCAAGGAAUACGUUGUCUUAAAGACUAUAUCAAAUGUUCAUAUCCAGAGAAAACAAACAGAUUUGCUCAAAUUCUGCUUAAGUUGCCGUCUCUUCGAGAAGUUUGUCAAAGUGCAAAAAAACAAUCUUUGUUCGCAAAGUCGUUUGCAAGCUUUGCCCUACCCACCAUAUCGUCAAUUCUUCUUCAGAAAUAACGAUACUUUAGCAAAGAUAUUCAAGCACAAAUGGUUGAAAGAAAUGUGUAAAAAAUUGAUUUAAAAUAUAGCUUUCUUCUAGUUCA